AUGGAACAGCCCGCCGACGCGCAAAUCGCCUCGAUAGCGGAGCCCGGCGUAAAAGCCCACGGCCCUCUCCUCUAUUCCAUGCGCAAGGAGGUGGCGGAUCUCCUGGAACGAAACCAGACCAGCUUCCCCGGCGCCCAACCGGUCAGUUUCGCGAGACAACAUCUCGACGAACUGCAAAAGCAAGACUACUACGUCUGCGAAAAGUCCGACGGGAUCCGGUACCUGCUCUACUCGACGGCGGACGAAGGCGGAGACGAAGCGCAUUAUCUCAUCGAUCGCAAAAACGACUACUGGUUCAUCACCAACAGGAACCUGCACUUCCCGCUGGAAAACAACAGGCAGGCCUUCCACAAAGAGACCCUUGUGGACGGGGAGCUGGUAUGGGACAGCCUGCCCAACGGCAAGAAGGAGCCUCGCUUCUUGGUCUUUGACUGCCUCGUCAUGGAUGGCAUCAAGCUCAUGGACCGGACCCUGGACAAGCGCCUGGCCUACUUCAAGGAGAGGCUGUACACGCCCUACAAGAAGCUCUUCAAGGAGUUCCCGGGAGAGCUGCAGUUCCAGCCCUUCUUUGUGGAGAUGAAGCCCUUCCAACUGGCCUAUGGCAUCGAGAUGAUGUUCAAGCAGGUGCUGCCGAGCCUGAAGCAUGGCAACGACGGCCUCAUCUUCACGUGUCGGAACACGCCGUACAAGCACGGCACAGACCCCCACAUUCUCAAGUGGAAACCCCCAGAGGAGAACACCAUCGACUUCCGGCUGAAGCUUCAGUUUCCCGUGGUGGAGCCGGACGAGGUGGAGAGGCAGGAGGGCAUUACCGAGCCGUUCGUCGACUACGACAGCGUGCCCCGGGCGGAGCUGAUGAUCUUCAUGGGAGACAGCGGACCCGCCAAGUACGAGUUUUUCGACGAGCUGUUCAUCACCGAAGAGGAGUGGGAGAUUCUCAAGGGCCUCAACGAUCCCCUGGUGGACCGCGUCGUUGAGUGCAACCAGGAUGAGCAAGGGCGGUGGCGCCUUCUGCGCUUCAGGGACGACAAGACGGAGGCGAACCACAAGAGCACCGUCUUGAGCGUGCUCGACAGCAUCAGCGACCGCGUGUCUGACAGGGACCUGUACAGGGCGGCCGGGUCAAUAAGGGAUAGUUGGAAGGCCCGCCAAGCUCGAGCAGACCAAGCCAGGCGAGGUCGGUAG